AGAGCCCUCUACAGAGAUGUCAUGCAGGAGAACUAUGAGAAUGUGACCUCGCUGGCAGGGUUUCCUGUUUCCAAACCUGAUGUGAUCUCCCAACUGGAACAAGGGGAGGAGCCGUGGGUCCUGGAUCUCCAGGGCUCUGAGGAAGGCGAGAUCCUGAGAGCUGUCUACGCAGGAGGUGCUGGGAUGGUGAGUGAGAACAAGGAGCUGAAUCCUCAGCAGGAAGAUGCUGAGCAAGUGGAAGUACAUGGGGGAUUAUUGCAAGGAUCCCAAGGGAAUGUGUCCAGGCGUCAUGUGAAGGGGAAAACCUGUGAGAGUCAGCACAGGCCAGAGAGGCAGCAGGGAAUCCAGCCCAGGGAGAAAGUGGGCAAAUCCAUUAAUUGUCAGGGGACUCACCAGAACUACAAGGAAAUCACAGCCCAGCAGAGAAUACCCACAGAAGAGAGAAAAAACACAUGCACUGAGUGUGGGAAACACUUCACUCUGAUCUCCACCCUCAUUAGACAUCAGCGGAUCCACACGGGAGAGCGCCCCUACAAAUGCUGUGAGUGCGGGAAACAGUUCAGUGAGAAAUCAAACCUUAUUACACAUCAGACAAGCCACACAAGAGAGAGACCCUAUGAGUGCUGUGAGUGCGGGAAAAGCUUCACUCGGAGCUCUACCCUUACUAGACAUCAGAGGAUCCACACAGGAGAGAGACCGUAUGAAUGCUGUGAGUGCGGGAAAAAGUUCACUCAGAGCUCAUUCCUUAUUAAUCAUCAGAGAAUGCACACAGGAGAGCGACCCUAUACAUGUGGUGAGUGCGGGCAAACGUUCGCUCAGAGCUCAGCCCUAUUUAAACAUGAGAAGAUCCACACAGGAGAGCGCCCCUACGAAUGCUCUGAGUGCGGGAAACAAUUCAUUGAGAAAUCAAAAUUUAUUAAACAUCAGAAUAGCCACAUGGGGGAGAGACCCUAUGAAUGUUGUGAGUGCGGGAAACAGUUCAGUGAGAAAUCAAGCCUUACUAAACAUCAGACAAGCCACACAGAUGAGAGACCCUAUGAGUGCUGUGAGUGCGGGAAAAGCUUCACUCGGAGCUCAUCCCUUAUUAGACAUCAGAGGAUUCACACAGGAGAGAGACCGUAUAAAUGCUGUGAGUGUGGGAAAAGGUUCACUUUCAAAUCAAACCUUAAUAUACAUAAGAGGAUCCACACAGGAGAGCGCCCCUAUGAAUGUUGUGAGUGCGGGAAACAGUUCACUUGGAGCACAGCCUUUCUUAAACAUCAGAGAAUCCACACAGGAGAGCAGCCCUAUGAAUGCUGUGAGUGUGGGCAAACGUUCCCUCAGAGCUCAGUCCUUCUUAAACAUCGGAAAAUCCACACAAGAGAGAGACUUUAUGUGUGCUGUGAGUGUGGGAAAAGCUUUACUCGGCGCUCAUCCUUUAUUAGACAUCAGAGGAUUCACACAGGAGAGCGACCGUAUAAAUGUGAGUGUGGGAAAAGCUUCACUUUCAAAUCAAACCUUAAUAAACAUCAGAGGAUCCAUACAGGAGAGCGCCCCUACAAAUGCUGCGAGUGUGGGAAACAGUUCAGUGAGAAAUCAAACCUUAUCACACAUCAGACAGGCCACACAGGAGAGAGACCCUAUGAGUGCUGUGAGUGUGGGAAAAAGUUCACUCAGAGCUCAGGCCUCUUUCAUCAUCAGAGAAUGCACACAGGAGAGCGUCCCUAUACAUGCUGUGAGUGCGGGAAAAAGUUCACUCAGAGAUCAGGCCUUAUUAAUCAUCAGAGAAUCCACACCGGAGAGCGACCCUAUGAGUGCUCUGAGUGUGGGAAAAAGUUCACUCAGAGCUCAGGCCUUAUUAAUCAUCAGAGAAUCCACACAGGAGAUCGCCCCUACACAUGCUCUGAGUGCGCGAAAUCGUUCCCUCAUAACUCAGGCCUUAUUAAACAUCAGAGGAUCCACACAGGAGAGAGACCCUAUGAGUGCAGCGAGUGCGGGAAAAGUUUCACUGAGAACUCAUCCCUUACUAGACAUCAGAGGAUCCACACAGGAGAGAGACCAUAUGAAUGCUGUGAGUGUGGGAAAAGGUUCUCUUUCAAAUCAGACCUUAAUAACCAUCAGAGGAUCCACACAGGAGAGCGCCCCUAUGAGUGCUGUGAGUGCGGGAAACAGUUCACUUGGAGCACAGGGCUUACUAUUCAUCGGAGAAUCCACACAGGAGAGCGACCCUAUACAUGCUGUGAGUGUGGGAAACAGUUCACUCAGAGCUCAAGUCUCAUUAAUCAUCAGAGGAUCCACACACGAGAGCAACCCUAUGAGUGCUGUGAGUGCGGGAAAAGCUUCACUCGGAGCUCUACCCUUACUAGACAUCAGAGAAUCCAUACAGGAGACAGACCCUAUGAAUGCUGUGAGUGCGGGAAAAAGUUCACUCAGAGCUCAGUCCUUAUUAAUCAUCAGAGAAUGCACACAGGAGAGCGACCCUAUACAUGCUGUGAGUGCGGGCAAACGUUCGCUCAGAGCUCAGCCCUUUUUAAACAUGAGAAGAUCCACACAGGAGAGCGCCCCUACGAAUGCUCUGAGUGCGGGAAACAAUUCAUUGAGAAAUCAAAAUUUAUCAAACAUCAGAAUAGCCACACAGGAGAGAAACCCUAUGAAUGUUGUGAGUGCGGGAAACAGUUCAGUGAGAAAUCAAACCUUAUUACACAUCAGACAAGCCACACAAGAGAAAGACCCUACGAGUGCUGUGAAUGCGGGAAAAGCUUCACUCGGAGCUCAUCCCUUAUUAGACAUCAGAGGAUUCACACAGGAGAGAGACCGUAUAAAUGCUGUGAGUGUGGGAAAAGCUUCGCUUUCAAAUCAGACGUUAAUAAACAUCAGAGGGUCCACACGGGAGAGCGCCCCUAUGCAUGCUGUGAGUGCGGGAGACAGUUCAGUCAGAAAUCAAACCUUAGCACACAUCAGAGAGGCCACUCAGAGCAGAGUCCCUACGAAUGCUGUGAGUGUGGGAAAAAGUUCACUCAGAGCUCAGGCCUUAUUAAUCACCAGAGAAUCCACACAGGAGAGCGACCCUAUACAUGCUCUGAGUGGGGAAAACAGUUCAGUGAGAAAUCAAACAUUAUUAAACAUCAGACAGGCCACACAGGAGAGAGACCCUAUGAGUGCUAUGAGUGCGGGAAAAGGUUCACUCAGCGCUCAGGCCUUAUUAAUCACCAGAGAAUCCACACGGGAGAGCGCCCCUACACAUGCUCUGAGUGCGGGAAAAAGUUCACUCAGAGCUCAGGCCUUAUUAAACAUCAGAGGAUUCACACAGGAGAGAAACCCUAUGAGUGCUGUGAGUGCGGGAAAAACUUCACUGAGAGUUCAUCCCUUAUUAGACAUCAGGGGAUCCACACGGGAGAGAGACCAUAUGAAUGCUUUGAGUGCGGGAAAAGCUUCACUUUUAAAUCGGACCUUAUUAAUCAUCAGAGGAUCCACCCACGAGAGCAGCCUGUGAAUGCGGGAAAAGUUUCAUCUGGAGCUCACACCUUAAUAGACAUCAGCGAUGUCACUGGAUAGAGACAUACCAUAAACACUUUGUGCAGGGCAGAGAAAAGAUUGUUUUAAAGUCAUUUGCUAAUUCCCACACAGGGACUUUUUAGGGCUGUUUGCACCAUUUGCGUCAUCCUGUUCUCUCAGCACCCCCAGGUGAGUUGCCUGCUUUUCGUUUUGCAGGUCACCCUUCUCUGAAGUGAAUCCUGUGGUCCUUUCUACCAACUCCUUUGUCCUGUGGGUCAUGGGAGUGUGUGUCCCUACGGCCAGGAGUGUCCAUCAGCCUCAAGUGGGGUUAAUAAGGGUGACCUCAGGUGGGGGAAAUCUAAAAUUGACCUGGGCUUUGCCUCCUCUAGGAUUUUCCAGCCUGCUGGAGGUAGCUACCCUAAUGUAAACACCCUGCUAGAUGUGCAGUGCUGACAGGCACAGGGGUUGGGGUUAGCUAGCACCUUCCCCUUUGACCUGUCCUAAUCAACACUUUCAUACUCGAGACAAGCCCUGAGCAUCACAUUUAUACUCUCACCACACUAGCAGAGCAAUUGUUAGAGUCGCCAAGUUUCCCCCUUUGGCGACAGAUUGUCUCAUCCCCUGUUGUUCUCACGCUGGUCCAGGUUGUGCUGGGCAGCAGGUAUUUUUCUUUUUGCCAUUUCCCUUAUUGAAAAUCUAUUUCAAUAUAACAAAGAGGAGGAGCAGGAGUGGGACAAAUGUAUCAUUUCAGCCUCUGCGACACCAGAAGGAAAUGGGGUGAGUCGGAGGGAUUCCCUCCUUCCCCAUCACCAUCACUAGGCCCGCUCACUCCAGCAGUGCAGACGUCUGUCUGAGCCACAAUGGAGUUUAUCCACCUCUGUUUUACCCCUCCACCUCCCAAAGAGUGUCUGCACUUCAUAGCAAAUUGAUCCUAAAUCCGACUCAUUAGGGCUGGAGAUGAAAGUGUCACAGACCUGGAUGGGGAAUUUCCGUGGAUCCCAAACACAGUGCAAACAUUCUGAGUUUAAAUCCCAGUUUCUGUCUAUUGACAAAGCCACUUCUGGACAUUUUCCUGCUGAUCUGGGAUCGUUUGCACACGAGAAACUCGGCAGUUUUCUCCUAUUACGAUUAUGCUAAUUUUCUUUUUUUGUAAAUAACACGAUUCCAUAAUAAUGAAGUGCUGUUGAGUGAAGCCGGUUUGAAUGGAUCAGAGGAGAAAGUGACGGGGGAAUCUGCUCUCCUGGUUUUUGAGUCAUCCGAUGGGAACCUGCUCUGGAAUUUAAUUUUAUAUGAAACUGAAAGUGACUUAUAUAGAGAUAGUUGAGUGGUGUUAAGAAUAGUUUAGAUUUAGUGAGCUGUGUUCUUCAUUUUAUUUGUUUUAUACAUUUCAUUAAAAUUAACAGAAAUAGCGAGUCAUGUCUUUCAAUAAGCUACAUGGGUCAGAACCGUGGAGCAUCUGGAUGGAGAUCAGCCAGUCCAAGUUGGAGCCUUAUCAACUCCCUCUGUAGUAACCCUUUGGCUCUCACAUGAGAGCAGCUGUGGGGAGAGAGGGGUGGGAAUCCAUCUCAGCUCCCACUGCAUCCUAGGGAGCUCAGAGCAUCGCAAGGGAAAAUGAGCUCCCCUACACAGGCUUUUAAGAGUACGGAGUUGGUGGAAGGGUGGGGUAUCUCUAAGUAGGGGUGGGAUGGUGGUGGAUUUCUCUGCUGUCACUGUCAUGACCAGGGCCAGCCAGCACACCCGUCUGGUCAGGAUCAGCUGAAGUUGGGGGUCUGGGUCGAAGGGUUGUAAAUGGAGGAGAAGAGAUUGUGCCUUUCAGCCGUUGUGGUGUUGGCAGACUGAAGAUGUGUUUGUGUUUUGGGGGAACAUUGGGGAAUGACUGAAAGAGGGCAGAGUUAAGGUUGUGUGGGCAACCUUAACUCUUAGUUUCCUAUUUUUCAGGCAUGUGAGUUUUGCAGAAGUUGAGGUUCUCCAGGCAGACAACAUCCCAACAGGCACUUAACUCCUCAUUAAUGAUGGUUUUUGCCCUUUAAUUACUUCUUGGGGAAUUCUGCACCAAAAAAAUAAAAAUUCUGCACACAA